CUUGCUUGUCUUUCUAGAGUAUCAAGGGACAUGAGAAAUGGCACGACAAUCACAGAGUUCAUCCUCCUAGGCUUUCCUGAUAUCCAAGGACUACAGAUCCCUCUUUUUAUAGUCAUCUUUUUCAUCUACAUAUUAACCCUUGCAGGCAAUGGGCUCAUAAUUGCCAUUGUCUGGGUGGAGCCUAGGCUACAAAUACCAAUGUACUUCUUCCUCUGUAACUUGUCUUUCCUGGAGAUCUGGUACACCACCACAGUCAUCCCCAAACUGUUGGAAACUUUUGUGGUGGCAAGAACAGCUAUCUGCAUCCCCUGCUGCCUACUACAAGCCUUCUUUCACUUUUUCCUGGGCACCACUGAGUUCUUUAUCCUCACCGUCAUGUCUUUUGACCGUUACCUGGCCAUCUGCAAGCCCCUUCGCUACCCCACCAUUAUGACCACCAACCUCUGCCUGCAACUUGCCCUCAGUGCUUGGGUGGUAGGCUUUACCAUUGUCUUUUGUCAGAUGCUACUGCUCAUCCAGUUGUCCUUCUGUGGCAAUAAUGUCAUCAAUCAUUUCUACUGUGAUGUUGGUCCCAUUCUGAAAGCAGCCUGCUCAGACACAAGCAUUCUGGAGCUCCUGGGUCUUUUGGCGACAGUUCUGGUGAUCCCAGGGUCACUCUUCUUCACGAUGAUUUCUUAUAUCUAUAUUCUGUCCACCAUCCUACAGAUCCCUUCAGCCACUGGCCGACAGAAGACUUUCUCUACUUGUGCCUCUCACCUGACAGUAGUCUCCCUGCUCUAUGGUGCUGUUUUGUUCAUGUACCUGAGACCCACAACACACUCUUCCUUUAAGAUUAAUAAGGUGGUGUCAGUGCUAAAUACUAUCCUCACACCCCUUCUGAAUCCCUUUAUUUAUACAAUUAGAAACAAGGAGGUGAAAGCAGCCCUAAGGAAGGCAAUGGCUUGUCCAAAGACUCAUCAUCCACAGUAA